AUGGCCGACACAGAAAACGGUACAAGCGCCGUCGCGGAGCCGUUAGAUCUCGUCCGACUUUCUCUUGAUGAAGUCGUCUUUGUCAAGCUACGUGGAGAUCGCGAGCUCAGAGGCAGACUACACGCCUACGACUCGCAUUGCAAUCUAGUACUUGGAGAAGUUGAAGAAACGAUAUACGUGGUUGACGAAGAUGAUGAUGACACAAUACGGACGGUCAAGAAAAAUUCGGAAAUGUUGUUUGUCAGAGGCGAUAGCGUUGUCAUUAUAGCUACGACGACCUAA